UAGUCUAGUAUCUUCAAGAUGGCGUCGUUGAGCAGAAUAAUUUUUUGCAUUGGUGCACUGUUUCUCUUUCAUUCUGGGUACUCUGCUGUACAGCACAAAUCUUUCUUAAAAUUAGCUGAGAUGGAUUAUAGUAGUCUGCCUAUUGAUAUUACAGUUGAAUGUUUGCUUGGUAGCUUAUUGUGCUGUGUAGCUGUUCUAGAAGGUAUGAGUCAGUAUAGAGAUUUCCGUUUGACAAGUGAAUUGUAUUCAAAGAAGCUUGAUGGUGUUUAUAACAAGCAAAAUUUUAUGAUUUUCAAUCACAGAGGCAGUGCUUUGAGUAAUUAAUUAUAAUUAUUUUAUUUAUCAGACUGAUUAAUAAUAUUAUUCACGAUUUCCGGAUGAAUACAGAAAAUUACUGAAUAGGUGUGUCUAUUUACCUGACAGCUACUAUGGUUACACAGCGCUUGUACCUGCAAGCUCUUGUGGAAAGUUAUCUUUAGACAUGAGCGACGACUACGAGAUUGAUCUUACUAUUGAGGCUGUAACAGGGACUGUGUAUGACUUGUGUGUUAGUCCUUUUGAAACAAUUCUUGGCAUUAAGACGAAGAUUCAAAAGCUAGAAGGUAUUCCUGUUUCCCAGCAACAUUUAAUUUAUGGAAGUACUGAGUUAAUGGAUGAUUUAUGUUUAGAAGAAUGCCAUGUAAGAUCUGGUUCCCAAUUAAAGUUGGUCAUAGCAAUGAGAGGUGGACCUAUUCAUGCUCAUAGAAUUCAACUGGAGGACUUUGCCAUUCUUGAAUUAGCUGAAUUUCUUGAAUCACAGUCUCCUGAUGAACAGGACCAAUAUGCGGCAAUAUUUGUAAGUAAUGAAGAUACUGAUGUGAGGUCUCAGUUACACAGUCCUGUUGAAGUCUCUGAAUCACGUUUAAGAGGUGGAAGCCAAACAUCUCUAGUUGCUACUACUAAUCCUACGAAGGUUUUGCCUACUUUUGAAAAUGAUGUGACACAGAGCAAAAUGAAGGAGUUACAGUCCCGCCUUAAGUGUCUUCGAUUGAGCAAAACUGAGGCUCUGCUAUCUAAAGCUCUUGAAAGGGAGCAGUGCUCCAAAAUGUUGCGACAUGAUGGUUCCUCAAUUUAUCCUCCACCAAUACACACUCCACCAUCUUGUACUUGUGGUUGUCAUAAGAAAUGCUGCAAAUGCUCGUGUCAUGUCAUUAAGAGUGGUACACAAAGACAACUUUGCUUUACUCCUUUCAGGGAAAGUGAAACAUAUCAAAAAAGACAUUCUAGAGUACACACGCCCUCUUCAAAAGACUUUCAAAUAUUAGAUAGACUCUCUUCUGGAAGACUACGUCAUGGUGACAAAAGGGGAAGACCAUGUGGUCCAACUACUGGAUGUUCGAAAGCAACUAUUAAUGAUGAAAUUUCACGAAAAGGUUCUAAGCAGCAUUCUGUGAAACUUGUGCUAUCAAAUGACACCCAAGAGCAUGUACAGCACAGAGAUGAUAUGAAGCUUAAAAGUGGCCAUUUUUUGCCCCCAAUUGAUUGUAUAGUGUCUACGAAACAGACCAAGCCUAGGAAAGAAGUUGAACACAGCAAUUUUCAUUUACCUCCUAUUAAUCCUAAAAAUCAAGUGAACAUUGAGAGAAAUAAAUGUAUGAAAUGCCAAAAAAGAACAAGACUUGCAAAUUCCUAUACUUGCAGAUGUGGUGGUGUUUAUUGCUCUAUUCAUCGGUAUGCUGAGACUCAUUCUUGCACUUUCAAUUAUAAAGCAGAAGGAAAAGAACUUAUUGCAAGGAACAAUCCUUUAGUUACAGCUCCAAAAUUAUCAAAAUUUUAGUAAAAUUAAAAUACAUCUAGAUCUAACAA